AUUCACGUCCGCAUCGAAUGUGUUCUAUGUGAAAUUGACCAUCAACUCGGACGACUUUGCGACAACCACUUUUACUGCGACCAUCACUGAAGUUGGCGGAGGAUCUGGCACAGACGAAUGUGGUACUACUGAUUUGAAAAUAUCCGACCUAGCCAGUGGUUGGAAAGUACCGCAAAGCGCGUUCACCAAAAAGCUCACAUGCACCUAUACGCUCACUGGAGAUGCUGGAAAGACAUAUGAAUUCGCAUUCACCGACUUCAAAGUUGGGACCGAGGCAAAUCCUUGUGGGCAGGAUUAUGUGGAAGUGAGCAAUAAAGCUGACUUCAGCGAGAACCCGGGUUACAAGAAGUGCGGUCAAUCGCCUCCGGCGGAUAAGUUCUCGUCCACAUCAAAUGUGUUCUAUGUGAAAUUGGUCGUCGGCUCGAAUGACUUUGCGAAAACCAGGUUCGCUGCGGAAAUUAAAAGUGAGUGUUGUUUUUUCAUCGUUCAUCCACCUGAUUUUCUUCCGCUUCAUCGAGUUAGUCCUCCAGAGGUUUUACGAUUUUGGUCCAGCGACUACCGUUUUCUGCACCGCUUCCGCUAG